AUGCCACUAUUGUUGUUGGCUCUCGCGCGGAUUGUCGGCUUUGUCGUGCUGCUCAUAGCGUUAUUGUGUGUAAAGAAAACACGACUGCGGCAUUUACCAUCACGUCGUACUCGCGUGUCCCGCCACCACGGCGAAACGUGUGUGUGGCUUGAGCGUCUCACAAGUGCCAUACUGGAUAUGCUGCACGAUGCCAUUCAACAACAGCAACAACAACAACAAGAAAAACAACAAGAAGGAGAAGAAGGGGAUGAUGUGGAUAUAGAAGAUACGCAACAAUGUUUGCGGGGAUGUACGUUCUCGUCAUUAGAUUCCAUGGGAACAACCCCGAUUCGGGGGAAUGUUAUGAGUGGUAGUAGUACUACUACUACUAAUAAUAAUAAUAAUAAUAAUAAUAAUAAUAACAGCAAGAAUAAGAGUAAGAAUGUUGUUAAUAAUAAUAGUAUGAACAGUAGCAACACCAAUGGUUUUAGCUGUGAAGAAAAUGGUCUUGGUUCAAUGGGGAUGCCCUCUCGUUUUUUAGAGAUGUUUGAAGAACGUGUAGAAGCUAUACUGGAGGAUCGUGGUAUUGCGGCUUCUGCAAAGUGUAAGGUACACUCAAUAGGAGAGAAGCCGCCCACUAUACGAUCUAUCCGAAUAACAAAUCUAACUGGAACUGGAUCUUCAACGAAUAUACCCGCCGCUGGCUCUGCAGGAGUUUCUACUACGGUUGGUGGUGGUACGAGUGGUAGUGGUGUUGGUGUUGGGAAUAGUGCGGCCGGUGGUAAUAUGGGAGUAGUGGGUGUAAAUAAUAACAAUAAUAACAAUAGUAAUAAUAAUAACGCUACGGCAGCAUCUCUUAAAGGGAAAACUCGACUUCCCCCCGGCAAUGUAUAUAUCUCUACUGGUAUAGGAAAUAGUGUUAGUGGAAGUAGUGCUGCUGCUGUUGGUGUUGUUGGUGGGGUCUCGGCUUCUGUAGAUGAUGUGAUGGAGAUGUGGCGUAGUGAUUCCUUUGCGGAGGACUCCGUUGGCGGCGCCGCGCUGCUCGCCUCUGCGGUGGAGUUGGAGGCGGAAGUGGAGUACGCGGGCGGAGUGGAUGUGUCUUUAGAUGCCGAUUUGUGUUUGGCGCGGGGGAGACGAUUGCCCGUCUCUAUUCGUGUGAGUGAUGUUAAAUACAUGAAGGCACAUGUACGUGUGUGUGCGAAACUGCAGUAUGAACGGGCUACGAUGGAUAGUCAACGAAGACCAUACUUGCAGUGUACACUAUGGUUAGAGUCGGAACCAACCUUUUCGCUUCAACUCACUACUUUUAUUAGUCGUUAUCGUAUUUGCAAUUUCUUUGCUGUGCCGCUGGUUAUUAAAUUUCUUCUCUUGCGAUUUCUACGGCAUCGUCUCCUGCGGCCGGCCGGUGCUGGUCUGACUGUUAACAUCCCGCUGCCGGAGAAUGUUGUCGAUGGCGGCAUGCAGUCGUGGUGUGCGGCGGUGAAUGAUGCCGCCACAACCGUCGCGGGGUCUGUGAGUGCACAUACGAUUGGGAUUCCACGUGGGGCUAGAGUGUGA